ACUGACUCUGUAGACAUGGAACUGAAACAAAUGAGAAAGUGAUUGGACAAAAGUGUAAAGUUCAGUCGAGUUAAGUCCAAUUAAAACCUGAACACAUCUGACUGGAUCAUUAAUACAUUUGAAUUUACAUGAUUUAUUCUUUAUUCAGGUUGAAUAACUGCAGUUUGUCAGAGAUCAGCUGUUCUUCUGUGGCCUCAGCUCUGAAGUCCAAUCCUUCACAUCUGAUAAAACUGGAGCUGAGUGGAAACGAGCUGAAGGAUUCAUCAGUGAAGGAGCUGUGUGAUUUCCUGCAGAGUCCACAUUGUAAACUACAGCGACUGUGGUUGGAUAAAUGCAGUUUGUCCAAAAUCAGCUGUUCUUAUCUGGCAGCAGCUCUGAAGUCCAAUCCCUCACAUCUGAUAGAACUCGACUUAAGUGAGAACAACCUGAAGGAUUCAGAUGUUAAAGAACUGGAGGACCUUGUUCAGAGUCCACACUGUAAACUGGAGAAACUGGAAUGGAAGUCAUCUGUGGAACAGUCACUGUGAUCAGGACUGUGUGAGGAUCAGCUGAGUCCAGAUGAUCGACAGAUGUGAAAGCAGCAGCACAUCCUCACUUCUUCUCCUCCACUCCUCACUUCUUCUCCUCCACUCCUCACCCCUCCCUCUGAUGAUGUCACAGAAGGUGAGGCAGACUUCCUGUAGCUCCGCCUCCUCGGUCCAUCAUGUGACUUUAAAGGCGGUGAAACAUCCUUCCAGAUGAUUCUCUGAGAUGGAUUCAUGAGGAACCACGAAGCACUGAGGAGUGGAGGAGCUGAAAAAGAAGGAACUGACCAGAGGUUUUUCAUUGGAUGUACAGUCAGUGAACCAGUGAGUUCUGUGGAUGGCACUGAGUUAUUUUGUGCUGCCACCCUGUGGACUAAUGGAGAACUACACUGUAUACCUGAAAACUGGACCUGUGGUCAGGCAAGGGACUAUUUUUGGUCAUUUCCAAAUACAUGACAAGACAGUGACAUCAGCAGUUCCAGAGAGGACAGUGA